AUGCAGUUUGUGGCCAGCGAGCACCAACAUCGACGACUGAAUCCAUUGAAUGGACAGUGGGUGCUUGUGAGUCCGCAUCGCAUGCAGAGACCCUGGUCGGGUCAGGAGGAGAAGCCGCAGCUAAAUGAACAACCCGAAUUUGAUCCCAAUAAUCCGCUCUGCCCGGGCGUUAAACGACCCAAUGGCAUUAUAACAGAACGCUAUGAGAGCACCUAUGUUUUUGAUAAUGACUUUCCCGCACUGCUGGAACAGGUGCCCACCCCGCCCGCAAGCGAUGAUCCGCUGUUUCAGGCAGCGCCAGCGCGUGGCAAUUGUCGCGUUAUGUGUUUCCAUCCCAAAUCGAAUUUAACCUUGCCAACCAUGAGUGCAACGGAAAUUGGCGCUGUUAUUGAUGAAUGGAUCAAACAAUUUAACGAGCUGAGCCCCAAGUACGCCUGGGUGCAGAUAUUUGAGAACAAAGGCUCCACCAUGGGCUGCUCGAAUCCGCAUCCGCAUUGCCAAAUCUGGUCAUGCUCGUUUCUGCCCACAGAGCCACAGCUGAAGCAGGAACGACUUCGCGCCUACUAUGCCACCCAUGACCGGCCGAUGCUGGGCGACUAUGUGGAACGCGAAUUGCAGCGCAGGGAACGCAUUGUUAUUGAGAAUCCCGAUUGGCUGGUCGUGGUGCCCUACUGGGCUACAUGGCCCUUUGAAACGAUGCUAAUAUCGCGCAACAACAACAAGCGCAUCAAUGAUCUAACCAACGGCCAGCGUCAUAAUCUGGCGCUGACCAUCAAGGAGCUGACCACCAAAUAUGAUAAUCUAUUUAAAUGUUCAUUUCCGUAUUCAAUGGGCUGGCACGGUGCGCCUACGGGACCAGAGCAUGCGCACGCCUCGAGCGCCCACUGGACACUGCACGCCAUUUACUAUCCGCCGCUGCUGCGCUCUGCCACGGUGCGCAAAUUUAUGGUCGGAUUUGAGCUGUUGGCGAUGGCACAGCGCGAUUUAACGGCGGAGCAGGCCGCUCAGCGGCUGCGAGAAGUGGACGGCACACAGCACUAUCUGAGCAAAUGAUUCCUAGAGCUAGAGCCGGCCAAUAAAAGCGAAUUUAAAUUGUAAACAA